AUGGGACGCCUCGAGCUAAUUCCCCUGAUUAAAACUGCAUUCGUUGGGAGGUGUCAGGGACACGCAGCUGUUUUCAAGGAAAAGUCUGGCUCCGAAAGGCCCUCCCCGGCUGGGCCGCCUGGCGGCUCCAUCUCUUGGAGUGGAUGUCAGCAGCCCCCGCCCCCCGCCGCCCCCCACCCGGGCCCCGCCGCCGACGCUUGUCCUCUGCCUGACAGGGCCCUGGCCAGUGUCCUGCUGCCGCGGGUCGUGGUAAUUUACAUCCUCUCUGUGUACAUUAACUUAUCUGCAGCCGCACUGGCUGCGCUCCUUCAGUCAGCCUGUCUCCUGUGCAGCCUGGGAGACUUCCCCCACCGACGGCCGGGGGCUGCCUGUCGUGGGGCGGGGGGUGGGGAGCCGGGCCCGCCGGGUUCCUGCGCCCUCCGGAGCAAUAACAAACGCCUCUGGAGGGGGCGCCCCCGCCGCCUGGUCCCCGACCUGGGACGCGGGCGCGAGGGGCCGGGAUGGAAGCGCAACACUUAG